CUUCUUCAAAAUUUCUUUUAUUUUUUUUUAACCAAGACAGCCAAUUUAUUACUAUUACUAUUUUCAAAGAAUGUUUGCAGCUAGAAUCGUUUGCAAGAGGCUGGUUCCCACAGCCGGUGCUUUUGUUGCGCCCUUACAACCAUCAACAACCACAACAACUGCCUCAGCAGCAGCAGCACACCAAUGGACUUCAGCCAAGCGCACCACCGGGCAGCCACGAUCCGCACACGGAUUCCACACCACGGCAGCAACCCGAAGCUCCUCUGACCUGUACAGCGUACUAGGUGUGAAGCGCGACGCAUCAGCGAGCGAGAUCAAAAAGGCGUACUACCAGCUAGCCAAGAAAUACCACCCGGACGCGAACAAGGCAGAGGAAGCCAAAGACAAGUUUUUAAAGAUCCAAGAGGCGUACGACACGCUGUCUGACGAAGGCAAGCGCAAAUCCUACGAUCAGUUCGGAACAGCCGAUCCGCAAGGCAUGGGCGGCGGGCCCGGUGGUCCUGGUGGGUUCGGUGGGUUCGGCAAUAUGGAGGAUAUUCUGUCGCAGAUGUUUGGCGGUGGAUUUGGCGCGCAGGGCCGGAGGGCUGGGCCAGGCCGCUCGGGCAGCAGCGGUAUGGGCGGCGGGUUCAUGGCGGUGGGAGACGACAUCGAGGCAGUGGCCAGCAUCGGGUUUAUGGACGCGGUGCGCGGGCUGCACACCACCAUCACGGUGACGCCGAUCGUCAAGUGCGAGCCUUGUGGCGGCGCCGGCACCAAAAAGGGCGCUAACGCCACACCGACGUUCAGUAUGGGCGGGUUCCACGUGCAGCAGCAGUGCCCGCAGUGCGGCGGCGAGGGCAGCUCGGUGAACGCCAGCGACCGGUGCACGUCGUGUGCCGGCAAGGGCCGCGUGCGGCAGCGCAAGCAGGUGGAAAUUGACGUGCCGCCCGGCUGUGACACUGGCAUGCGCAUUCGCAUUGCCCAAGCCGGCGACGCGCCAAUGGAGGGUGACGGCCCGGCUGGCGACUUGUUCGUGCGCAUCAAGGUUGCACCCAGCCCGGUAUUCCGCCGCAAGGGUGCUGACGUGUACUUGACGGCUGAUGUGCCGUUUACGACGGCUAUCUUGGGUGGCGCCGUGCGCGUGCCGACGGUCGACGGCGAUGUCGAGGUCAAGGUCAAGCCUGGAACGCAGCCCGGUGACGAGCUGAGGCUGCGCGGGAAGGGCAUCCGCAAGGUCGGGUCGCAGGCCAGGGGCGACCAGUACCUGGGGCUGCGCGUCAAGCUGCCAACCGAGCUGAGCGCGCGCCAGCGCCGGUGAUCGAGCAGUUUGACAGCGGCGAUGCCGCUGGCUCUGCCACUGCCGCCGAUGCCGCCGAUGGCCACCAUCCCAAGCCCAAAGAUCACACAGACAAGAAGGAGGGCAGCAUCUUUGACCGCAUCAAGGACCUUGGCAAGAAAAAGGACAAGGACAACAACUAGACACAACCUAUCCACCGUUUUGUCGUGGAGCCCAAGCUGCGAAACAUAAAAUUUAAUAAAAUGAAAUAGACA